CAUGCAGGAGAACUAUGAAAAUGUGACCUCGCUGGGGUUUUCAGUUUCCCAACUUGAUGUGAUCUCCCAGCUGGAACAAGGAGAAGAGCCAUGGGUCCCAGACCUCCAGAGUUCAGAGGAAAGAGAGAUCCUGAGAGCUCCCUGCACAGCAGGUGAUGCAAUGGUAUGUGAGAAAGAGGAGCAGAAUUCUCAGCAGGAAAAUGUUGAGCAAGUGGAUAAACACAGAGCAUUAUUGCAAACAUCAAAAAGGAAUGUGUCCAGCAGUCAUGAGGAGGGAAAAUCCUGUGAGAUUCAGCACAGACCAGAAAAAGAGCAGGGAAACCAGCCAGGGGAGAAAGUGGGUAAAUUUAUUUCCUGUUGGGGAACUCAGAAGGGCCUCAAGGAAACCACAACACAGCAGGCAAUCCUCAGGGAAGAAAGAAAAAAUAGAUGCACUGAGUGUGGGAAAAACUUCUUUAGAAGAUCAGACCUUUCUGAUCAUCAGAGAAUCCACACAGGGGAGAGGCCCUACGAAUGCAGUGAGUGCGGGAAAAGCUUCACGAACAGAUCAAGCCUCUUUCAACAUCAGAGAAUCCACACAGGGGAGAGGCCCUAUGAAUGCAGUGAAUGUAGGAAAAGCUUCACUAACAGCUCAGCCCUUUCUGAACAUCAGCGAAUCCACACAGGGGAGAGGCCCUAUGAAUGCCAUGAGUGUGGGAAAAGCUUCACUCACAGAUCAGCCCUUUCUCAACACCAGAGAAUCCACACAGGGGAGAGGCCCUAUGAAUGCCAUGAGUGUGGAAAAUGCUUUACUAACAGCUCAGACCUUUCUAAACAUCAGAGAAUCCACACAGGGGAGAGGCCUUAUGAAUGCAGUGAGUGUGGGAAAAAUUUCACUUACAGAUCAGUACUUCUUCACCAUCAGAGAAUCCACACAGGGGAGAGGCCCUAUGAAUGCCGUGAGUGUGGGAAAAACUUCACUCAUAUAUCAGGCCUUUUUCAUCAUCAGAGAAUCCACACGGGGGAGAGGCCCUAUGAAUGCCGUGAGUGUGAAAAAUGCUUCACUACCAGCUCAGCCCUUUCUGAACAUCAGAGAAUUCACACAGGAGAGAAGCCCUAUGAAUGCCAUGAGUGUGGGAAAAACUUCACUUACAGAUCAGGUCUUUUUAACCAUCAGAAAAUCCACACAGGGGAGAGGCCUUAUGAAUGCCGUGAGUGCGGGAAAACCUUCAAGUGCAGCUCGCACCUUAUUAGGCAUCAGAGAAUCCACACAGGGGAGAGGCCCUACAAAUGCAGUGAGUGUGGGAAAACCUUCACUCAAAGAUCAGGCCUUUUUCACCAUCAGAGAAUCCACACAGGAGAGAGGCCCUAUGAAUGCAGUGAAUGUGGGAAAAACUUUGCUCACAGAUCAGCCCUUUCUGAUCAUCAGAGAAUCCACACAGGUGAGAGGCCCUACAAAUGCAGUGAAUGUGGGAAAAGCUUCACUCAAAGAUCAAGCCUUUUUCGCCAUCAAAGAAUCCACGCAGUGGAGAGGCCCUAUGAAUGCAGUGAGUGUUGGAAUACCUUCUCUUAGCACUCAGCCCAUGUCAGCCAUCAGAGAAUCUGCAAGGGAGAUCAAGACCAUAAAAACCUCUAGGGCUAUCAAUACUUUUUUUUUCCU